CAUUGAGAAAUGUGUGCAAAUAUUGGGAUUCUUUUCAAUGGUUGUAACUUCCUUCUACCAUGAGAUUGCAGACCUGAACACGUUGCAAGAGAGUCUGGAAAAUGGUAAACAAAGACUUCAUUGACACAGGGAGCGAGUGAGGGCCGCUCGCAGGCUGGCAUAUCAGUGUUUCGGCAGCAGUUGCUGUUCUUUGACCCUCGGUGCAGAAGAGCUCUGGCGAGGAAUGGAAGAAGGCGCGUCAGAUGUGUAUUCCACUAUCACUGAUUGCCUCUGAUUUGUAAAGCUGGAGAAAUUUUUGUUACUCCCACGUCCACGAAAUUGCAAAUCAUUUCUGAAAAGGAAAUGAAAGAAUUGGGUUUCUCAUUUAUUAACCUGCUGCUUCUGUUAUUAGUUAUUGUCUGGUUUUCCUCCGUCUUGACCGUCGACUGUAUUAAACUUGCUCUCGGUAAUAUUAAUCAUAUCGAAAGGAUAGAAAUAUGGAGGAAAGUUUUCUUCGAAAUGUUUUGCGCUUCUACAGUGAAGAAAACUCCCUGUCCACGGGGAACCUGGAGAACUUUCUGCACAUCAUUACCAGCCGCCGCGCGGCAUCUGUCGAUGAUGACGCCAAUCCGCUGAAGAACACAGAGUGCUCAUCUUUGUCAGAGCUGUUGUCUGUCUUUGGAUUGGGUAAUGCUUCUGUGGUCAGUCUCAAUGAUCUGGAGAUGAUGUGUCCAGCUAUACUCAAUCAGGUCCUGAUCCCUGCCUGUCCUUACACAUUCCCCUCAAACCUUAAUGAAUCUGCUUCUUUACCUGAUCACAAAGUUUGGGGUUAUGGGUUCCUGGCUGUGACCGUGAUAAACUUGGCAGCUCUGAUGGGUUUAUUUCUGGUGCCUUUGACGAAAAAAACAUAUUUUCCAAAAGUCUUGACGUACUUCAUUGGACUGGCCAUUGGGACACUGUUUUCAAAUGCUGUACUGCAACUUAUCCCGGAGGCCCUUGGCUUAGAUCCCAGAGAUGAUAACUAUGUGCUCGACGUAGUUGGUAUUUUUGGCGGAUUUUACAUUUUGUUCUUCACUGAACGAGUUUUAAAGAUAGUACUGAAAGCAGAUACAGAGCUCGGACACAGUCAUUUCUCUCCUCUGCAGUCAUCUGAUGUCACCAUCUCCACCUUCAGCAAUGACAUAGUCAUAAGCAACAUCAGCGGUGACAUCAUUACAAACGACACUAAUCUUGAAAUGAACUCUAUUAAUGAAAAGUCCAACAAUCCAUGUGAGAGUCCAGCUGGUGAACAGAAUGCUUGCGCUUUACUAGCUUGUCGCUGGCUUAAAGGUGAUGGAAUGUCUAAUAUAAAGACUGUGGCGUGGAUGAUCACUGUCAGUGACGCCGUACAUAAUUUCAUCGACGGUCUGGCCAUCGGAGCGUCCUUCACAGUCUCUCUACUCACCGGCUUCAGCACCUCUAUUGCCAUCUUCUGUGAAGAGUUCCCUCAUGAGCUGGGUGAUUUUGUGAUUCUGUUGAACUCGGGCAUGAGUGUUGGUCAGGCUCUGUGUUUUAACUUGCUGUCAUCGAUGAGCUGUUAUCUGGGUCUUGGAUUAGGGAUCCUGCUGGGCAGAAGUUUUGCUCCAAAUGCUAUCUUUGCCAUUGCUGGAGGAAUGUUCCUCUACAUCUCCCUUGCAGACAUGUUCCCAGAGAUGAACAGUAUCAUGGCAGCACAUACCAAAGGCUAUCGAGGAAGGGUCGUGUUCUUCCUGAUCCAAAAUGCUGGGCUGCUCACCGGAUUCACUAUAAUUCUGCUUAUUACCCUGUUUGCUGGAGAUAUCAAUCUGGGGUAGAAAGAAAAGAAUUGAAUGAAAACGAAGCAAAACAAAGAACAAUUGUUUUCAGUGCCAGAAACCAAAAAAUUGAGACAGACCUGUUGGUUGUUUUGUUUGUAAUAGACUUGUACUGUAUAUGCUGUUGGGACAAAUGUAACAAUCGUUUUUUGUAAUAUGGUUUAGAGAUGUUUUUGUUGAUGUGAGUGUUAGUGUCUGAUGUGAGCUGGCAACAAUACCCCGCUGUGUGUGGAGGAAUUCCUCAGUGGCAGUGGCAGCCUAGCACAGGGUAUCUGAGCAGCUUUGUAGUCCAAAUGCCAAUGCUGCAGCACCUUUUGAGUGAGACUCUGUAUCAUGUUAAUCACAGUCUUUAACCAAAGGAUAUGUUUCAUUAGAGGAAAAAGUGGUUAUCUGUGUAUUUAAACCUUGUUUCCAUCUACUGUAUGAGUUACAACAGGGGCUUUCAAACUGGGUUCUGCAUUUUGCAAAAUAUAUUUCAACUAUAAAAAUUAAAAGCCACAUAUUUUUU